GUUUUGGCUCAUUCACUAUGUGCAAAACUCUCCCAGGAAGAGGCCUUCGGACAUGUCUGGAAAGCAUGCAAAAUCCAUCGCCGUCAUGGCGGAGGCUUCUGAACGCGACUUGUAUGAAAGCGAUAUGCGGGCGCGCCGAUAAACAUUCGCGACUUUUUUCCAGGCCAUCUCCGUCGGUCCAAACACACUUGUGGCUUGCCAAACGAAGGACGAAAACAACAUAACCCUCAGCUCACCACGAACUCGUUCAGUAACCAACCUCCGCUCUUCAUACUCCACGAAACUCCCCCAAGAUGCCCCUAUUCGACCCAGUCUACAUCUCCCAGGAUGUCCAGGCCCAGCUCAAAGAGGGCUUCAUCGUGAGGCCGUUGGAGGCCUCUGACUACGAGAAGGGUUUCUUGGACGCUUUAUCGCAGUUGACGACGGUGGGGAAGAUGAGCAAGGGGCAGUUUAUGGAGCGCUACUCGUAUUUGAAGGCGCACAACCACGAAUACUUCACGAUCGUCAUCGAAGACACAAAGAAGCAGCUGAUUGUCGGCGCGGGCACGAUACUGGUUGAGCGCAAGUUUGUGCACAUGAACGGGCUUGUCGGUCAUAUCGAAGAUAUUGUCACCCGCUCUGAUUACCGGGGCUUGAACCUCGGCAAGCUUGUGAUUGAGACGCUCAAGCAUAUUGGAAAGAUGACCGGCUGCUAUAAGAUUAUCUUGGACUGCAACGACAAGAACAUUCCGUUCUACCAAAAAUGUGGAUUUGCGCAUAAGGAAUUCGAAAUGGUUCUCUACAUUGAUGAAAACGACCCGGUAAAGACCCCCAAAGCCAAAUUAUAAGCAGCCACAUGGGGGAAAAGCAACUAGCUGGGGUGUGAUGCUGGCGACCCAAAGCUCAAGGCGGCGGAUUCGACAGAGUCGCCGACGACAACGACGACGAUGCCAGCGGAUCCUGCGGCCGCGGCGCCUCCUGCCGGCACAACCUCAUGAUUUGCGCGCGCUUUGAGCGUUUAGGUCCUUUCACCCACCCCACCUACCUUGCAUUCCCCGCUACCGCAUGUUCUCUGACACCAUCUUCUUGGACUCAAACACCGUCAUAAAUCGUUACACGCACAAAACAAAGUAUAGCAUA